GCACGUGCAAGUUUGCGUCUGUGAGUCUGUGAGCCUGUGAGACGUUGCAAAUCGUCACAGGAGCAGGGACAGGGGCACAAACCAUGAAAUAAGCCAUCCUAUUGGACUCAAUCUUUGCACAUGUAACUGACUGUGUGGAGGAAAAAGAACAAAAAAAGACAACAACACAGCAAUAGGGAAGUGCAGCUCCAGGGUAGCCACAUCCUGUCAACAAACCUGGCGGCCCUCAGCAAACCUCCAUCAACUCCCUGUGAACGUCUACAGGGGCCCACCACACUCAGGGCUCUGGCCCUGGCCCUGUGCCUGACCCCUAACCCCACCCCUCCCCCUAUGUGUGAGUGAUGUCCGAGAGCAUGGCGGCACAGCGACCGUGCAGGGGGGCGUGGUUUGGGGUGUACCUGCUGGCCUGCCUCCUGCUGGCCCUGCCCGGUGGCCUGGCCUUCCUGCCGAACUUCUGGUCUCGGGUGCUGACCCUGUCCUGGGACUCACACACACACCAGUACAUGACGGAGCAGGCCCUGCUCAACAUCACGCUGGACACGCUGGACAGGAUGCCGGUGGGCCGGGAGGGGGCAGCCCUGGACCGCGGGUUCUGGCGGGCCGUCGCGGAAGUGGUAUGGGCCAACGCGGCCAUGGACUUCCUGAGCGCCACGCGCUCCGACCCCGUGUACCACUUCGACUCGGAGCGCGUGGAGGGGGCCGCGGACUCACUGCGGCUACUCUGGUCUCAGACCCUCCUCUCCGUAGGGGCCCGGGACUACCAGGGGGCCCGGCGCUGCCUCGGUCAGCUCUUCCACUCCCUGCAGGACUUCUACAGCCACAGUAACUGGGUGGAGAUGGGUCAGAGAUCGGUUUACCUCCACCUGUUGCAUCCUGAACAGCCAGCCAUACCUGUGGCCUCAGAAGAUACCCCAACCUGUGCAGACUGCCACAGCAGCACCUGCAUGUACAACAUUGUGCUCAGCCCGCACCCUCCUCUACUGACGACCGGCUACUUCAGCAGGCAUCCUGCCAAGCCCGCAGGCAAGUGCAGCCAUGGGGGCCUGCUGGACAGCAGUCGCCACCAGGGGGCCCGUGGGGGAAUCAACAAGGACAGCACCUCCCCCUUAUUCUCCCCACACCACUAUCUCCACGGUGAGGCUGCCCGACUCGCGACCACGGCAACCAUGGCUGUUCUGCAAGACCUCCGUGAUGCCGUGGGAACUGUGAACUUUCUCAGGUUGCUUAGCGUGAGGCAGCAGCCGGCGCUGGUGUUCGUCAUGGACACCACGGGCAGCAUGUUCGAGGAGAUCACCGCCGCUCGUCUCCGCGCCUUCACCAUCAUCCAGGCCCGCACCAAAACCACGCAGCAGCCUGGCACCUACCUGCUGGUACCCUUCCACGACCCAGCUGUAGGGCCUGUGUAUGAGACAGAGGAUCCAGAAAUGUUUAUGCAGUACCUGGAGGGACUGACUGCCCUUGGGGGAGGAGAUGAGCCUGAGAUGUGCCUCUCUGCUGUACUGUUGGCCCUUACUCAUAGCCCCCCUCUGUCUGAGAUCUUUGUGUUCACCGACGCUUCUCCGAAAGACGCGCACCUGUACAGUGCCGUGGAAGCCCUGACCCUGGAGAAACGGAGCAAGGUGAGCUUCCUGCUGACGGAAGAUCCAAACCUUUCUGGGACAGAUGAUAGAGGGAUGAGGAAGAAGAGGGAGAGCUUGUCUGACCCUGAUAGGUUUUCUCUGUACUCUUCAUUGUCAUCCGUUUCUGGGGGUCUGGCCAUCUUCACCUCAAACUCUGACAUCAAGAGAGUGUCCACUAUAAUUCAAGACAACAUUGCUGCAAGCAAGGUGACUCUAUUGCAUGUGGAGAGCAACUCGGUCUCAGUGUCCACACGCUUCCCCUUCCGCGUGGACAGUGAAGUGAACACCGUCACUGUGCACCUGACCGGCAUUUUAAAACACUGUGUGCUCACCAGCCCCUCGGGUCAGAGGCAGUCUCUCCUGGACCGGCGUGGUUCCCUGGCAGAGCUGGAGAGGUUCCAGGGGCUUUACAGAAUCAGCUUGUUCCCCCCCAUCGAGCCAGGAGAGUGGAGCCUCAGUGCAGAUACGGAAGGUCUCAUCACGCUCAACGCCAUCGGUACCAGCAGUGUGGACUUCCUGUACCAUUUUGCCGUGGUGGCCAAUGGGACACAUCCAGGACUGGCCAGAGUGGAGGGAAGUCCAGUGGCAGGUGUGCCCACAUUUCUGGUGCUGGCGGUGACAGGCUUACAACCAAAUGACGAGGCUUCCUUCAGUCAUGUGACACUCCUGGGAGCCAAUGGGGAGAGCCUGCUCAAAGUGCCUCUCAACUCUUCAUCCUCCUUAUCUUCUGGGAAAGAGCUAGUGGGCAGCAUGGUAUCCGUGCCCCGGCAGCCAUUUUGUGUGCGUCUGUCUGGGAAGGACGGGAGAGGAAACAGGCUGGAGCGUGUUGCCACGGAGAUGAUCCAACCUACACACAUACAGAUACAGGUCCUCUCAGCUCCUCACCUGGUUCCUGGCCACACCUCCACGGUCUCCUUCGACGUGUGGAACCAUGGCCCUGCCCGCCACUUCACUCUGACCGCUACAGACGACCACGGUUUCCUCACACAGAGAGGUCCCCACAGGGUGUCGGUGGGGGAGAGCGGGUCGCUGAGGAGGGCAGUGGAGCUGAGGACUCCAGGGGGCACAGAACCAGGGACUGCAGUUACCCUCACCCUCACAGUCCAAGCACUGGACACUGCUGACUCAAACUACGCUGUGGUGCACCUUAUCAUCAUCCCACCGGACCCUGAUGAGUUACCCCCAUCCUGCUCUCCUAUGCGGGUGGAGGCCACCUGCCCGCCUGUGUGUCGGCAGGCCAGCUGGACCGUGUCUCUGUCGGUGACAGACAGGGGGCGCUCCGGCCUGGCAGCACUGCAGCUGUCCGAGGGCAGUGGCGUCCUCACACCGCUUCUAGGACAAGCCGGGAAACCAUGGCAACAGCAGGAAAAUGGCGGGGACCCUGGGGGGGAAGGGGGGCAGGGGUCGGAGCAGCCCUACCUGCUGGAGGGGGCCCCCCCUCUGAACGUCACGGGGUGGGGUGGGGGAGCACCUCUGCAUGUGCGCUACUCCGCCAGCUGCUGUGCCCGCCUGGCAGAGCUGAUCAUUUGGGAUGGGGCGGGAAAUAGCAGGCGUUGCCACCUGACCUCCAGCCAACAGGGGGCGACACCCAAGCCCAGCAAUGGAGCCGGGGGAAAGAAAGUGGUACUGCUUCCAUUUCUCGCUGGCCUGCUGGGAGGAAGGCUGAUGGUGUAGCCUUGUCUGGAACUACCGCACCCUUCCGGGCAGGAUGCUGGAUCUGAGAUCUGGAUCUGAUGUUUGUGUCUGGUUUAAGGCUGCCAGAUGCCCAGUUUAUGACUGGAAUGUCUGGUUUUCAAAUUAUUAGUACAGGUCUGGUCAGACAAUGUAAUGGUGUAGGUGUAGUGUAGUGGUUAAGGAACAUGACCGGGACCCACAAGGUUGGUUGUUCGAUCCCCGGUGUAGCCACAAUAAGAUCCACGCAGAUGUUGGGCCCUUGAGCAAGGCCCUUAACCCUGCAUUGCUCUGGGGGAGGAUUGUCUCCUGCUUAGUCUAAUCAACUGUACGUCGCCCUGGAUAAGAGCGUCAGCCAAAUGCCAUUAAUGUAAUGUUAAUGUAAUGUACCCUGCCGUGUAAUUAAUUGAAAAGUGUGAAACCCCACGCUAACCCAAUGACGGAAUUGAGCGUGGGCCGAAGGUAUUUGCAUGCUUGUCCUUCUGGUGUUGCUGGAUGAAUAUUAGUAGGGUUAAAUAAUAAUGCGGAGUCUAGAUCAGCCAAUGAAUAAACCAUGUUACAAAGACAGUAGUACCACUCUGCCUUCCGCUCUUUACUGAGCAAGAAUCUCCACAAUAGGGCCAAUACAUUUACCUUUGUUAUCUGACUCCAUUUUAGAUAUCAUUUAGAAAUUUUGGUUUGAAACAUACGCGACCCUCGGGAGUGAUUACACUCGACUCUUACCUGCGCCACCAUUACUCAAUAUAUGCUCUCGGGAUUAGCAUUAUUGCUGAAUCUCAGUUCGGCGGAGAACUCAGAAGCUGAGGGUCUAGCCAACACAAUACAUGCCCUACAUUUGACAUGAUAGUUGCGAGCCCAGGUCGGCGUGCAUUUAGAGGGCUCCUUAGAGCUAACUUGACAGGAACCGGCGUAGAAACGCCCAUGGGUUCCCUUCGCAUCAAAUUACAAGAGCCAUGCACCACCAAUCCUUUUUAUGGGCUGAACUUGGCUGCCUUUCCCAGCUUGGAAACACCACUAAAGUACCAAGCCACUGAUCAGUUGGUCUUAGGUCAAUAUUGUCCCGCUGAGUAUUCAGUCGUAAUUUAGGCUGAAAAGGUACAAGAUGAAUUAGAGCCAUGGAGAUCACGCAAGUUACAAAUAAAAUAAUUUAUUCACAGACAGGUAGGUUAUUAGCUUUUGAAUACCAAUAGUCAAUUACAGAAUACACAAAUUAAGAAUAGAGAGAGUAAAUAAUCAUACCUAGCCUGCUUUGGCUACACACAAACACAGAGUAUACACAGUGUGACAUACACAUAUACAUACGCAGAAUAUGCUGUGUGGGAAGUCGAAUGCAAUCUUCCCUAUACUUACAUGCACAAGACAUGCAGUGUGGGAAGUCGGUUGCGAUCUUCCCAGAUUGGUAUGUCUCCCUUGCUUUUAUGCCAAAUCAUACGUUUGAACCAGGCGGCAGUGCCAUAAAUUAACCUGGAGGAGUGGUCAAAUCUGAAAUUUAGACCCCCUCCCUUGGGGGUUGUUAAGUAGGGAAAAUAAGAUGAUUACCAGAGAGGACUUGUAGGUUUUCCCUUGAGUUACUGAAACUAUGAUUUAUUAAACUCCAUUUGGUAUGAAAUGUA